AUGUCAGACGAAAAAACUGAGCAUAUUGUAACAACUACAGAAACAACCACUACCACCUCUCACGAGAAAGGUGGUGUAUUCCAAGCUGUUACUGCAAGAUACGCCAAGGUUGAUCCUCACUCAUACUUGCGUAGAGAAGGCGAAACUGGUAAGUCCUACUGGUUCCGUCGUCUUGGUCAAAUCAAGCCUGUCGAAUUGUUGUGGGGAGAUGCCGAAAACUCUGAAUUGAGACGUGCCUUGUCCGCUUUCCAACUGAUAUUUGUGGGUAUUGGUGCUAUUAUUGGUACUGGUAUCUUUGUGCUCUCUGGUUUAGCUGCUGCCAAAAACGCUGGUCCUGCUGUUACAAUCUCGUUUGUUGUUGCUGCCGUUGCUGCUGCCUUUGCCGCACUUAGUUACUCUGAAAUGGCUUCCAUGAUCCCUGUAGCUGGUUCCGCAUAUACCUACGCUUAUGCUACUAUGGGUGAAUUUGUUGCUUGGACUAUUGGAUGGGAUUUGAUUCUUGAAUACAUGGUAGGUGCUGCCACUGUUGGUGUUGGGUGGUCUGGUUACUUUGUCAAGUUUUUUGCUGUUGCCUCUGGCGGUAAAAUUCAUUUUGCUGAAAGUUGGACUACACCUACUCUUACCUGGACAGAAAACCCUGCUUCGAUCUCUUACGAGCAAGGCCAUUACUUUAAUGUACCUGGUUUCGUUAUCAUCAUGAUUGUUACGAUCAUUUUGGUCAUCGGUAUCCGUCAAUCUGCUUUCUUCAACUUGAUUGUUGUCUCCAUCAAGUUGCUUGUGAUCCUUAUCUUUAUCUUUGCUCUCUGUGGCUUCAUGUACAAACCCAACUAUGAUCCUUACAUUCCUCCCAACACCACUGGCGACUGGCAUUUCUUUGGUGUGCCAGGUAUUUUUGCUGCUGCUACUACUGUCUUCUUCAGUUACAUUGGUUUCGAUGCUGUUACCACUGCUGCUCUUGAGGCCAAGAACCCUCAACGUGAUCUUCCCAUCGGUAUCAUUGGUAGUUUGACCAUCAGUACUGUUCUCUAUCUCGCUUUCUGUACCAUCAUGACCGGCGCUGCUAAGUACACAGAUUUCCUCAACUCUCCUACACCUGCCUCUGUUGCUGUUGAAGCUGUCAUGCAGCGUACUGGCAAGAACUUUGAAUGGCUCAACAUUCUCGUCGCCAUCGGUGCUGUCUGUGGUUUGACCUCUGUCUUGCUCAUCAACUUGCUCGGUCAAUCUCGUGUAUUCUAUGCCAUGGCCCAAGAUGGUCUCUUGCCUCCCAUGUUUGCAAAAAUUCAUCCCAAAUUCAAGACUCCUUGGAUUGCUACUCUCACCAUUGGUUUCAUCACCGCUAUUCUCUCUGCUAUCCUGCCUGUCGAUUUGCUCGGCAACAUGACUUCAGUUGGUACUUUGUUGGCUUUCUUUGUCGUACAUCUCGGUGUCAUUGUAUUGAGAUUUACUCGCCCUGAAGUUGAGCGUCGUUUCAGAAUCCCUGGUGGAAAGUACCUUUCUUUGAUCUUCCCUAUCAUUGGUAUGGGUAUCUCUGUUGCAUUGAUUGCAGUGGCUGAAGUUACAACUAUCUGGCGUUUGUUCAUCUGGAUGGCUAUUGGUUGGGUGAUCUACUUUUUCUAUAGUAUUCGUCAUUCCAGAUUCAACAGAGAUCCCCUUGCUCGUUUCGCUGAAGGUGAGAGCAAGAUCCCCGCUAAUGCUGAGCACGAUAAUACUGGCUAUCAAGUGCAAGAAUACGAAUAUGUCCCUGAUACUCAUCAAGCAGACCCCAACACUCACCGUAUUUAA